AUUUGUCCGGAGGGAUGCAGGGACUUACCGAGAGGUAUCUGCACGGGGGAUGGGGAUCCAUAUUUGUCGCGCUCGAGGGAGGGAUGGAGCCAUGGCGGAAUCCGGAUGCGGUCCUGUACAGGAGCAGAAGGGUAGCCUCCGCCAUCAAUCCAGCUUCAAUCGCCGAACGCAUCGAGUGCACGAGCUGAAGCAAACAUCGAGUCUUGUCUGGCCGUCCGUGUGUCUGACCUUCGUCUUCGAUCCCGGAAGAAAGUCACUUUCACAAAGGCUCUGCGCUCGCGCUCAGGGCCAUAAUCUUUCUGAUCGUGGCCAUUGGGCGAGCGCGAUUCUUGCUGGACCACAUCCGCGCCGGGUCGACGACCGCGGCUGCCGACUGUACCGCCGAACACGGCACAGCCAUCGAGCUCUGAGGAGAACAGACAUCCGCCCCCGCCCCAGAAACCUGGCGCCUAUGCAAAGCGGGAGCCGAGGGUGGUCAUGCUGCUUCUCCUCUUCCAGGCGUCCAGCCCCCAACUUAUCCAGAGCGUGGAGGAGGGGGUCAUCAUUUGCGCGGCCGAGUGUCAGGAGGUUCUUGCCCAGAAUGUGGGCGCCAUUCUCGGCUCGAACCGAGGCCAUGUUUGGGGAGCUGCUAGUCUGGUCCUCCCGCUGCUUUCUGGGCCGCGGGCGUUCGAAGCCGAACUGACUGGGAGGGCGGGCGGGCGGGCGGUAGAGUUCAAAAUGGUGAGGUGUCAAGUUUAAACUGAAGCUCUGAACAGCUUGCACGGUGGGCAGGCUGGCUGUUCAUAUUGUGGAAUCUAUUUCAGGUUCGAGUAUAGCGGGGCGCACAUGAAAGUGUCAGACCAGAGGUUAAAUGUCUGCGCUGAAAUACAGGUUUGCCCUGGCUCCUCAAGGACAUGACAACGUAACUUUGUUAGAAUUCGUUGACCGAACGAUGUGGCAAGCAGUCAGGGCCGGCAGGGAGAAAUGUCCAGAAUUGUGAGGCACUUAAAAUGUAUCCGAUUGUUCAUCUUUCCAACAGAAGGCAAUACUCAGUAUUGGGCAUAAAUGAUUCUUGAAUGUUAAGACUUCGGUAUGAUUGUCAGCAUGUUUUAUAUGCCACGUACAUUGUAAGGA